CACACAACAAACUUAGCUCAUCGCAAUAAAAAGCAGCUCAGAGCCGACUGGCUCUUUUAGGCACUGACUCCGGACAGGAUUCUUUCACCCAGGCAUCUCCUCCAGUGGGAUCCGCCAGCCGGUCCAGCAGCACCAUGUGGGUGACCAAACUCCUGCCAGCCCUGCUGCUGCAGCAUGUCCUCCUGCAUCUCCUCCUGCUCCCCAUCGCCAUCCCCUAUGCAGAGGGACAUAAGAAAAGAAGAAAUACAAUUCAUGAAUUUAAAAAGUCAGCAAAGACUACCCUAAUCAAAAUAGACCCAUCACUGAAGAUAAAAACCAAAAAAGUGAAUACUGCAGACGAAUGUGCUAAUAGAUGUACUAGGAAUAGAGGACUUCCAUUCACUUGCAAGGCUUUUGUUUUUGACAAAGCAAGAAAACGAUGCCUCUGGUUUCCCUUCAAUAGCAUGUCAAAUGGAGUGAGAAAAGAAUUUGGCCAUGAAUUUGACCUCUAUGAAAACAAAGACUACAUUAGAAACUGCAUCAUUGGUAAAGGAGGCAGCUACAAGGGAACAAUAUCUAUCACUAAAAGUGGCAUCAAAUGUCAGCCCUGGAGUUCCAUGGUACCACACGAACACAGCUUUUUGCCUUCGAGCUAUCGGGGUAAAGACCUACAGGAAAACUACUGUCGAAAUCCUCAAGGGGAAGAAGGGGGACCCUGGUGUUUCACAAGCAAUCCAGAGGUACGCUACGAAGAAUGUGACAUUCCUCAGUGUUCAGAAGUUGAAUGCUUGAUCUGCAAUGGGGAAAAUUAUCGAGGUCUCAUGGAUCAUACAGAAUCAGGCAAGAUUUGCCAGCGCUGGGAUCAUCAGACACCACACCGGCAUAAAUUCUUGCCUGAAAGAUAUCCCGACAAGGGCUUUGAUGAUAAUUAUUGCCGCAAUCCCGAUGGCAAGCCGAGGCCAUGGUGCUAUACUCUUGACCCUCACACCCGCUGGGAGUACUGUGCAAUUAAAACAUGUGUAGCCGACAGUACUAUGAAUCACACUAAUGUUCCUAUGGAAACAACUGAAUGCGUACAAGGUCAAGGAGAAGGCUACAGGGGCACUGUCAAUACCAUUUGGAAUGGAAUUCCAUGUCAGCGUUGGGAUUCUCAGUAUCCUCACAAACAUGACAUGACUCCUGAAAAUUAUAAAUGCAAAGACCUACGAGAAAAUUACUGUCGAAAUCCAGAUGGGUCUGAAUCACCCUGGUGUUUUACCACUGAUCCAAACAUCCGAAUUGGCUACUGCUCCCAAAUUCCAAACUGUGAUAUGUCAAAUGGACAAGAUUGUUAUCGUGGGAAUGGCAAAAAUUAUAUGGGCAAUUUAUCUAAAACAAGAUCUGCACUAACAUGUUCAAUGUGGGACAAGAACAUGGAAGACUUACACCGUCAUAUCUUCUGGGAACCAGAUGCAAGUAAGCUGAAUGAGAAUUACUGCCGGAAUCCAGAUGAUGAUGCUCAUGGACCCUGGUGCUACACAGGAAAUCCGCUCAUUCCUUGGGAUUAUUGCCCCAUUUCUCGUUGUGAAGGUGAUACCACACCUACAAUAGUCAAUUUAGACCAUCCUGUAAUAUCUUGUGCCAAAACGAAACAAUUGAGAGUUGUAAAUGGGAUUCCAACACGAACAAAUGUAGGAUGGAUGGUUAGUUUGAAAUACAGAAAUAAACAUAUCUGCGGAGGAUCACUGAUAAAGGAAAGUUGGGUUCUUACUGCACGACAGUGUUUCCCUUCUCGAGACCUGAAAGAUUAUGAAGCUUGGCUUGGAAUUCAUGAUGUCCAUGGAAGAGGAGAUGAGAAACGCAAACAGGUUCUAAAUGUUUCCCAGCUGGUAUAUGGCCCUGAAGGAUCAGAUCUGGUUUUACUGAAGCUUGCCAGGCCUGCUGUCCUGGAUGAUUUUGUCAGUACAAUUGAUUUACCUAAUUAUGGCUGCACAAUUCCUGAAAAGACCUCUUGCAGUGUUUAUGGCUGGGGCUACACUGGAUUGAUCAACUAUAACGGUCUAUUACGAGUGGCACAUCUCUAUAUAGUGGGAAAUGAGAAAUGCAACCAGUAUCAUCAAGGGAAGGUGAUUCUGAAUGAGUCUGAAAUAUGUGCAGGGGUUGAAAACAUUGGAUCAGGACCAUGUGAGGGGGAUUAUGGUGGCCCACUUGUUUGUGAACAACAUAAAAUGAGAAUGGUUCUUGGUGUCAUUGUUCCUGGUCGUGGAUGUGCCAUUCUAAAUCGUCCUGGUGUUUUUGUCCGAGUAGCAUAUUAUGCAAAAUGGAUACACAAAAUUAUUUUAACAUAUAAGGUACCACAGUCAUAGCUGAAGAAAGUGUGUCUGAAGCACCCAUCAAUACAACUGUCUCCCACAUGAAGAUUUCAGAGAAUGUGGAAUUUAAAACGUCACUUACAACAAUCCUAAGACAACUACUGGAGAGUUACGUUUGUUAAAAUUCUCAUUAAUGUUUAUGGGUGUUUUCUGUUGUUAUGUUUGUGUUAUUUUGUCAAUGCUGAAGUGAAUUAAGGUACAUGCAAGAGUAGUAACAUAUCUCCUGAAGAUACUUGAAUGGAUUAAAAAAAGACACAGGUAUAAUUGUUGGAUGAUAAAGAUUUAAUGGGAAAAAAUUCAAUCUCUCUAUGCUGCUUACUGAGGUUGGUUUCUUAAUAAUGAGCAAACCAUAAAUUAAAUAUUAUUUUAACCUCACCAGAACAGUUUAUGCCUUGUGUCCCUUAAUUGUAGCCCAAUAUUAAAUUAUAUUACAUU